AUGCCAGAUACAUACACGGAAACAGAAACCAACCCCGCACCCGUGCUCACUCUGACAGUAAACUGGAUACAAGGAGGCUUAAUCCUUGACUGCGCUGCCCAGCACAACAUUCUAGACAUGGGUGGCGUCGAUCAAUUCUUCCAAUUACUAGCAGCCGCACUUCAGGGCCAUGAGUUCAGCGACGCAACCAUUGCGGCCAAUACCCGGGAUCGCCUGAGUAUUUUCCCCCUGCUCGACCCUGGGGAUAGACACUGUGAUCAUUCAAAGAUGCGCUGUCCUUCCUGUUUGACUUUGACUCCAUUGCAACGUCCUCCAUCCUCAGGCUCAAUUCCUGCUUACCACUACUUCCGUUUUGACGCGUCCAGCCUGGCUCGGCUUACUGCUCUCGCCGAAACACCCUCUACCGAUGAUGCUCUAAGCGCUUUCAUCUGGAAACGACUCAGUUUACUCCGCCAACGUCACCAGAGCCCAGAAACAGUAACAGGAUUCUCCCGCGUGGUCGACUGCCGACGAACUCUCGACGUCCCAAUCGAGUACAUGGGUGUGACGAUCAUGAAAACGUCCUCGCGAAUGACAUUUCGGGAAAUGAAACAGUCUUCUUUGAUAAACCUAGCAGCAAGAUUACGUCAAGAUGUCCAACGGGUCAGGGACCAGUAUUUCCUUCGCAGUCUUGCAACCCUUAUUGCAGAGGAGCCUGAUAAAAGUACCAUUAACUUUGUCGAUGGGUUUAAUGCUGAUACAUGGAUUAAUGCCUCGUCGUGGGCUGCUGCGGUGACGUAUCGAAUGGAUUAUGGAUUACUGGGAAGGCCCGCUUUUGUUCGGAGGCCUAAGUCGAAACCUGUACAGGGGCUAUUGUAUUUCUUGCCUAUAAUGGAUAAUGGGGAUGUUGAUGUGCUACUUUGUUUGAGAGAUUGGGAAAUUCUGGGCCUGUGUGAGGAUUUGGAGUGGAAACAUUAUGCUGAGUAUAUAGGCUAG